UGUUCGGCUUGUGGGCAUUUGCAUCAGCUUGCUCUUUUUUCUUCCUCCUCCUUCUUCUUCUUCUUCAUCAUCAUCUUCCUCCGCGGAUACUCACAGCGGGGGACGUGAGUGUGGCUACCGACCGUGACGCCCGUGUGUCCGCGACUCCCCGCGCGUCAGGUGCGUUUGCCAUGUAAAGUCAAGCGGCGCGACGCGAGAGUAAAGGCUACAGCCUGACCCCACGUGGGUGACCCGCUCACCCGCUCACCCGCCAGUGUUGGGUGACUUUCCAGGCAUGGACACCUCCAGCGGUGCCCGGGUGGUGAAGCCUUCCUCGGGCUUGUCAAAAGGGCGCACUGCCAAACAGGCCCACCCCGCAGAGAUGGCCCGAAUGGGCAGCACUGAAAACGACAAUCACAGUUCCUCCUAUAAUGAGAAAUCAGAGGGUAAGAAGAAAGGACGCCCUCGCAUGGAGGUGCAGGAGCUGCGCAUUAUUCCCGCCCAUAUGAUGGUUCAGUGGAAAGAGGAGUUUAAGAGUCGUUCCAGGGUGAAAUGUCCAUGCUCAGGCUGCUGGUUGGAAUUCCCCAGUAUUUACGGACUUAAAUAUCACUAUCAGCGAUGCCAAGGGGCGACCAUAGCAGAGAAGCUGAGUCACAGAUGCCCGUACUGUGAGGCUGUGUUUGCCACCAAGGUGCGUCUUCAGAAGCACAAGCUGUGGAACCACCCAGAAAGGGUCACCAUGGAGACCAAGUCCGGGGUCACCUUGGACGCCAAAUCCGAUCACAAGUCCGAACCCAAACAACAGAAAAGCCCCGUGAAGCGAAAUGCCAAAAAAAGGCCCGUGGAGAACAGCCCUCCAUCACCCGUAUUUAUCAAGGUGAAGAAGACCCAGGAGGUGUCUCGGCCCUCACAGAAUGGGGAGUGCGCCCCCCAAAGGCCGGACAGGAAACAGCAGCAGGAGACAUCCGUAGACACUGGGGGCAGUGAGAGCGAGGGGGGCAGUCUACCCCCACCCUUCCCUGAGGAGGACCCUGAGAGAAUGAAGCACACCAGGGAGGAAGCAGAAAACUCCAAAGAAGUUCACCGGGGAGCAGCCGUCUAUUUCAGGAACAUUCGGUUUGAAAGUGAGUUACCAGGGAGGAAGCAGAAAACUCCAAAGAAGUUCACCGGGGAGCAGCCGUCUAUUUCAGGAACAUUCGGUUUGAAAGGAAUGAAUAAGGUGGAGGAGAAGUUGAAAGCAGGUCGGAUGAAGAGGGCGGAAGGGGCUUUGUUCACUGAGGAGUCCCAGAGGAAGCAGUCGGUUCAAGCUCCCACCAGAAAAGAAGCUGCUGUUAUUAGUUCAGUUUCCCCUGCUGAAGCCCAGUGGCAGAACACCAUCUCUGAGAGAGGGGAAGUGGUCUGUCCCACCUGCUCUGUCGUCACUCGCAAGACCGUCCACGGACUUAAGAAGCACAUGGAGAUCUGUCAGAAGCUGCGGGACGCUCUGAAAUGUCAGCAGUGUCAGAAACAGUUCCGAUCAAAAUCUGGACUCAAUUACCACAGCAUGGCUGACCACAUUAAGGGCUGUUCAGCUCAUUUCUCCAGUCUGAUGGGUUAUCAGUAUCAUCAGAAACGCUGUGGCAGAGAGCGGCCAGACAGACAGAAGCCUGUCUUCCUGUGCCAGCACUGUGGUAAGACCUAUCGCUCAAAAGCUGGCCGUGACUACCACCUGCGCACCGAGCAUCCCGUCACCGCCCUGUCCACACACUCGCUCAUAGCUGAGGACUGGAAACAGGAAGACAGUAAAGAUGAGGAGGAUGUGCUGGAGGACGAAGAAGAGGAGGAGGAGGAAGAGGAAGAACCUGUUCAAAUAAAGGGCAGAGAGAAGGCAAAGGAGAGAGUAGACGAGCCGGUGGAGAAGAUGGAGGAGAGGAAGGAGGAGAAAACAGAGGUGGAUGAGCUGCUGGAUUUGGAGAGGACGCCCAGCGGCAGGGUCCGCCGGCGCUCGGCUCAGGUGGCGGUGUUCCACCUGCAGGAGAUCGCAGAGGACGAGCUGGCCAAAGACUGGGGCACCAAACGACGCAUCAAAGACGACCUCGUACCAGACAUCAAGAGGCUCAACUAUACACGACCAGGUCUCCCCAACUUUAGCCCUGAAACUGUGAACAGCUGGAAGAACGAGGUGAAAGAAAAAGGAUUUAUCUGCUGCCCCAAUUGUAACUGCGAGGCUAUCUACUCAAGUGUAUCUGGACUUAAAGCGCACUUGGCAAGCUGUAACAAGGGAGGGGGCGACGUAGGGAAGUACACUUGUUUGCUCUGUCAGAAGGAGUUUAACUCUGAGAGUGGCGUGAAGUACCAUAUCAGCAAGACACACUCUCAGAACUGGUUUCGGGCGUCUACCAACGAGGUGACCAACAACAAGAAAAAAGAGCCAGAGAGCAAUGGCUUACAGAAGGACAUGAAAAACGUAGUGCCUGGGAAGAGGAGGGGACGAAAGCCCAAAGAGCACCACCUGGUGACAGCCCCUUUUCCAGCAGAGACUCAGAGCUACAGCCCAGCUCCAGCUCCGCUUCUACCCCAGACCGUAAGCCAAGCCCCAGAAAGCCAAACCCCCACGCCCAACCCCAUCACCAACACCCCAUCCACUCCCCCUGCCCCAGUGGACAGUGGGAAUCCAGCCCAAGCCAGAAACACAAAGCCCCCUAUAAAGAAACGAGGCAAAACUAAGAAAGCGCAGACCGCUGAGUAACACGGCUUUCAAUCCGUCAACACCAGAAGGGAUGCUUUCCGAACUACUCUGGAGAAAACUUUAGUCAAUUCGGUCACAGGAAUGAAGGAUGGCACAGAAGAACGAGCUCAGAAAGAUGAACGGCAGAACGAGGGGAUGAAAAACAGCAGAAAACAACAAUGAUAUGCUCUUGUAUUGAUUUCACACUGAUCUUUGUUGUUUUUUAAGCUGAGUAUAUACAUUGUGUGUGCUUGUG